GUGUAUACAUACCAUUUCAACCCUGUGUUGAUCUGUAUCCCUCUUCUGCCUAUGGCAGGUCGGAGUUCUCCCAACAAUGAGACUUCACACCUCGAUUUCUAUAGAACGAGGCGGUAAAUACAAGGAAAAUGCAAAUAAGUGGACGGGUAUUCUGCAGUUUAGCACAAACUCCACGAGCCACAGGGUAAAGGUUGUGUCAUUUUGCAGCGAGGGUCGGGCAUAUAGCAUUACCGGUCGUCUUCCAUGCCAAUCUUGUCAAUCUGUAACUCUCAGGGCCUUACGCUUUAUUUCUUUGUAUAAACCGCUUGGUCAGUAACCAUAAUCCUUCAUUAAAAUUCGGUACAAGCUGUUGCUUCACACGAGUCAAACUGCGAUAUGCUCUCAACCCCCUCAAGAGCUGUAGACUAAGAUGCACAGAAUGUGGGUAUUUAGUCUCAGCAUUUUUGCUUUGUUUUGUGCUGUUGGUGUCUGUGCAAAUUGCUCCUUCUCCUGCGAUGAUGGUUUCCAUCAGACACCGGUAUGUGGAAGCGAUGACGUCACUUACGCUAACGCGUGCACCUUAGACGAGCGGAACUGCCGUGCGACAGACAUGGGUUAUGUGACUAUUCGGCAUCUGGGAGAGUGUUCUAGUAUUAACGAUGUAAACGUCGCUGACGAAAGGAAAAUUGAGCACUGCCUAAGAGUUGGCAGGAAGAAAUACCUUAAGUGUUGACCAGGAACAAGAGGAUUUAAAGAAAAUGAUACAAUUGGGAUUUUUUUGUAAUAAGUUUAUUCAGUUUAAAUGUAAAUACGCUCCACAUAUGCGACGUCGUUUCGAAGGAGGGGGGGGGGGGGGGGGCUCUCUAUAAAAGUAGACGGGGGUAAUUGUCCUAUCUUUAAGGGUAUAAUAUUCAACCAGCUACUAUCCCUCAUGGGCUGUUUAAAGAUUCUUCCGAUUCUUCUAUCCCUUAGGAAAACUCACGCAAAUGGACCAUCCUAUCCAAUAACAACUGGAUUUGAAUAGUAGGUGAAAGCAAAAUGUCGUCAGAGAAGUCGACAGGAAUUCUGAAAUGUGUUUGUUUUUAGUGUUUUUAGGAAAUUGCUUUAACCACACCUUAAUGACUAUUUAUCAGAGUAAGAGCGGUUGUUGGCCUCACCCAAAGUGCUGGAAUUUUGCCGACGACCACCCCUCAGUUUUUAUGGGACCCUUCCCCCUCCCGGACUGUCAGUAAUGACUGCAUCGCGCUUACAUAUAUGAUUACGAGUGUUUUUAAGGCACUGUCAAGAAGAUAAGUACCUAAAUAUCACAAACCAUCGUGAUAUUUAAGUUUUACAAAGUUUAAACUAAUUGCUAAAAAAUGGGAGGACAAAGAAAAAUUUACCGCGUAGCUGGGGAUUUAGCAGUUCAGAAUAGAUUUUUGUUAUAUUGCUUUAAUAUAUUUAAUUGCUUGUUUAACCAGAAA